CAAAUAUGAUGCACAUCUUGUUAGUGCAAUUUAUUCAGUUGCCAACGCUUAACAACUGUAGACGAUUCUUUUUUAAUUACAAUUACAAUAAAUUUGUUUUUGUUUUUUUUUUUUUAUUUUUCUCUAAUAAAAAAACGUAUUAAUGUCUCUUGUGCCAUUAAGACAUCGCCAUCUCUGCUGUGAGCUUGAUCGUCCGCGAUAUUAUCCGCCUUAUGAUUUUCAUUUGUAUCCAUACCUUUGGUAUGAUCCGCGUAUAUGGUGGCCAACGACAUCAUUUCUAAAGCCAAUGGACGAGUUAGUAAUUCGUAGAGUGCGAAACCAAUUAAUACGCUCCUCUCUAUUGGAUUGGGCUUAUCCUAUGUGCUGGGAUAAUUACUAUUCAGGUGAGCGUGUAUGCAUCAAUGAGAAUGGAUUCCGCGUCGAUAUCGAUGUCACUGAUUAUUCACCUAGUGAGAUAGAAGUUAAAACCGAUGAUAAUUAUGUCAUUGUCGAAGGUAAACACACUAAACGCACUACAGGCGGACAUUAUAUGGUAGAGAGACAUUUUACCAGAAAAUAUCUAUUACCGCGUGGUUUCAACGCCAACGAUGUCAUAUCCGAUUUAUCAACUGAUGGCACACUUACUAUUAAAGCUUUACCGCCAACGUCCCUUCAACAGAUUAGUAAUAAACCAAGUCAGCGAAUUGUAACAAUACUGGAGACUGGGCGACCUCGACCAGCCUUGCCCUGGAAGUAAAGGAGAAGCGUUAUAUAUAUAUAUAUAUAUAUAUAUAUAUAUAUAAUGCACACACAUUUACGAAUGUAUGUGUGAACAAUGUCGUUGCUAAAGAACGCUUAAAAAAACGAAGCACAAGCGAAGCCAACUUUCAUCCAAUUGCUUACUUAGAAACAAAAAAAAAAAAUAAAAAAAUAAAAUAAAAUAAAUAAAUAAAUAAAUUGAUUAACUGACGGAAUAUGCAUUACGCAUUAUAAUAUUAAAUUUUUAUAUGAAGAACACACACAUCGUCACAUCGCAUCAUUUACGCCAUGGGCUCAAAAUUCCACCUUCCAUUUUUUACUCACUCUUCCCCCGUGUAAUUGCGU